AUUUGGUUUAGGAUAUGACAAAUACAAAGUCUUCCAUGACCCUCCUCAUUCCCUUCUAAUUUUUUUUCUCUGUGAUUCUUAAUCUGAACCUCACAGACAUGGUUGCACCUGCCAGACCUCAGUUUGUUCUGUUCGGAUCCUCCAUCGUUCAGCUUAGUUUCGGCCAUAGCGGUUGGGGCUCCCAUCUUUCUGACAUCUACUCUCGUAAGGCUGACAUAGUGUUGCGAGGAUACUACGGAUGGAACUCUCGACGUGCCCUCCAAGUCCUGGAUCAAGUUUUCCCAAAGGAUGCUGCAACCCAGCCUUCUCUUGUGAUAGUUUAUUUUGGAGGUAAUGAUUCCAUGGGUCCUCAUUCGUCUGGCCUAGGCCCUCAUGUCCCUCUUCACGAAUAUAUUGAAAACAUGAGAAAAAUUCUGAUUCAUAUUCAGGGUCUUUCUGAAAGGACACGGAUCAUUGUUCUCAGUUGUCCUCCUGUCAAUGAGGAAAAAGUGCGUGGAAACACUAGUGGAGUUCUUAGUGAGCUAGUAAGAACGAAUGAAUUGUGCCAAAGCUACUCAGAAGCUUGUAUUAAGCUAUGCAAGGAACUGGAUGUCAAAGUUGUUGAUCUUUUUAAUGCAUUACAGAAGAGAGAUGACUGGAGGAAUGCUUGUUUUACUGAUGGCAUCCAUUUAGCAGCUGAGGGAAGCAAAAUAGUGGUGAAAGAGAUACUGAGCGUGCUUAAGGAGGCUGACUGGGAGCCAUGCCUCCACUGGAAAUCUUUGUCCACUGAAUUUGCAGAAGACUCACCAUAUGAUCUGGUUGCUGCUGAUGGCAAAACUACAUUGAAUCCUUCUGAGUGGACUUUUUACAGAGAGAUUCAGUGGGAUUAGGUUGUUAGCUUAUUGACUUUAAUAAUAUCUAUUUGUUGUGACCUCCAUCCAGGAGUCAACCUGUCUGCCAAAUCCCAAAGUAUUUAGCAGUUUCAUAUAUUAUUUACGUUUUUUUAUCAGACAUCUUGAUUGACUAUUUGGUGAUAGUAUUGUCCAAUAUUUUAGAUAA